UGGAACAAUCAAAACUGAAAAUCGAAGAAGAAACCAUACCGAAAAAUGGAGAUGACAGAAGAGGAAAAUAGUGGAAUACAAGGCAAAGUUGUUGCCGUGACGGGUGGGUUGGGUUUAGUCGGCUCCGCCGUGUGCCUUGAGCUGCUCCGCCGUGGUGCUAUCCAAGUCCGCUCCUUAGACUGCCGCAUCACCUCUUCUUGGUCCGACCAUCUCAAAGAAUCCGGCGUCCACUGCAUAUACGGAGAUGUUGUGAGGAUAGAGGACGUAGAAGAGGCGUUUGACGGAGUAGACUGUGUUAUUCAUCUUGCUUCGUACGGUGGUUCCGGUAAGGAAAUGGCUCAGACUCGUCGGAUCGAGGAAGUUAACGUGGAAGGGACCCGUAACGUUAUGGAAGCCUGCGUGAAGAAAGGGAUCAGAAGGGUAGUGUAUUUGAGCUCGAACGGUGUCGUUUUUAGUGGAAAAGAGAUUAUGAAUGGAGAUGAAACUCUUCCUUAUUUAGCUUCCAAUCAAUACGUCUGUCCUUAUGAUCAGUUUAAAUCUACUGCCGAGCAGUUAGUUUUGAAGAACAACGGUCGUACUGUUGAGAACGGACAUGGAAGUCUUUUGUCUACGUGCGCGAUUCGUUGUCCACUUGUUUAUGGACCAGGUGAAGAGAAGUAUCUUGAUAGGAUAAUCUCUGAUGCAAGAUUGGGUUUACUCCUCUUCAAAAUCGGCGAUCCAAACUCGAAAACCGACUUGAUUUACGUGGAUAACAUUGUACUCGCUCUCAUGUUAGCGACCUCCGGUUUAUUCUAUGAGCACUCGAAAGCUGCCGGGAAGGCCUACUUUGUUUCUGAUGGUAUUCCGAUAAACUUCUUUGAGUUUCUCAAGCCACUAUUGAAGCAUUUAGAUUAUGACCUGCCCAAGUCAUCGCUAUCUAUUCCGCUCGCUGUUUCACUCGGAAAUAUAUGCAAAGCAAUAUACAUAAUGCUAUCACCAUUUCUGAACCAACGGUGGAUUCCACAACCAUUGAUUCUUCCACCAGAAGUUUAUAAGGUAGGGGUGACUCAUUACCACUCGAUUCAGAAAGCCAAGGAGGAACUCGGGUUCGAGCCCAAGACACAACCCGAAGAAGCCAUGACCGAAACCAUUUCAUAUUUUAAAGACAAGAAGAGGAGAGAAGUCGAUGGACCAAGCAUUUACGCAUGGCUUUUCUGUGUGAUCGGAUUGCCUAGCCUUAUAUCGGUCGCGUGGCUACCAGAUAUUGGACCCAUACCUUUCCUUCGAGCCAUUGCGCUGUUUUUCUUCAGGUCGAUUUUGGUCUUGCGAAUAGCUUCGGGGAUUGUGGUGACAGCACACGUGAGUGAAGCGGUCUAUGCGUUGUGGCUUGCUCGGAGAGUGGAUCCGAGGAAUGCAAAGGCUUGGUUUCGGAGAACGCUUCUUCUCGCUACUUUCUCUCUUCGCUUACUUUUGAAAAGAGCCAAUGAAGUGAAGCAAAAAACAAUAAGAGAAGGUCUUCUAGCCAACUCAUUGUCAGAUUAGUGUCUGAAGAAGAUUCGUCGGUUUAAACCAUGAUUAACAAGUAUUUUUCUUUACUUUAUGAUUGAUCAUUUCCGGAAUUUUAAAUGACAAGAUUAAUCCGCUUUAUACAUUUAAGUAUUUGACUUUAAAAUUUGUGUAGAUAUUGUUGUUGUAUGGAAAUUAUUAAUUCGAAUAUUCAUAUCAUUGUUUA